AACUUCAAAAACGAGGAACCAGAGCACAUAAACAUACAAUCUCACACACUAAGCAAUUAUGGCUAAGAAACAACAACAACAACAACAACAACAACAACAACAACAACUAGUUGCAGCAGGAACAUGGGGAUCAAUCAGAAGUAGCUUCAAUUCACUUAUUGCCUUGUUCGUUGCCUUCUUGUUCAUAGCCUUGGUUUUUCUAAGCCAAAACGACGUGCAGUUCAUGGAAGAAGAUAGAUUAACUUCGAUUUCAAAUAAGUGUAACUUGUUCUCUGGCAAAUGGAUAUUUGAUAAUAAAUCCUAUCCCUUAUACAAAGAGAAGGAGUGCAGUUUCAUGUCCGAUCAGUUGGCUUGUGAGAAAUUUGGAAGGAAGGAUUUGAACCACCAGUUCUGGCGGUGGCAGCCUCACCAGUGUGACCUCCCCAGGUUCAAUGCCACAGCAUUGCUGGAGAGGCUGAGAAACAAGAGGCUUGUGUUUGUUGGAGACUCUCUGAAUCGAGGGCAGUGGGUAUCAAUGGUCUGCCUGAUUGACACAUCAAUCCCUCAGCCUUCUCUCAAAUCCAUGCACCAUAAUGGCUCAUUGAUUACCUUCAAGGCCAUUAAAUACAAUGCGUCGAUAGAGUUCUACUGGGCUCCUUUGCUGGUGGAAUCGAACUCCGACGAUCCAGUGAACCACCGGUUGCCAGAUCGGGUGGUUAGAGUACAGGCAAUUGAAAAGCAUGCGAAACAUUGGAGUGAUGCAGACAUUUUAGUCUUCAAUUCAUACCUUUGGUGGAGAAGAUCCAAAAUGGACGUACUGUGGGGAUCUUUCGAAAGCUCAGAUGCAAUUCACAAAGAGGUGGCAAUGCCUCGUGUUUAUGAGAUGGCUUUAAGAACUUGGUCAGAUUGGUUAGAAGUUCACAUCAAUCCAACCAAAAAGUUGUUCUUCGUUAGCAUGUCACCAACUCACCUAAGUGCAGAAGAGUGGGGUGGAGCUGAAGAUGGAAACUGUUACAGUGAGACAAAACCUAUACUGAAAGAGGGCUAUUCUGGAAAAGACACAAGCUCAGAAAUGAUGCGAGUGGUUGAAUCAGUGCUGGACGAUCUAAACAGAAGAGGGUUAAAUGUACAGAUGAUCAAUAUCACACAGCUUUCAGAGUACAGAAAAGAGGGCCAUCCAUCGGUUUACAGGAAGCAAUGGGAACCUUUAACAGAAAAUCAGAUAUCGAAUCCAGCUAGUUAUGCAGAUUGCAUACAUUGGUGCCUUCCUGGAGUCCCCGACGUCUGGAAUGAGUUGCUCUAUGCUUACAUUGUUCGCGAGUGAAGAGUGGAGAUGGAAAUAAAAUUCACUGAGAUUAAGAACCUGUAAAUGUUUGGUUCAAUUCUGAAAGUGACUGAGGCAGACGGAAAUGUAACAAAUUUAAGAAAUUGACCCCUCAACAUAGGGCUGGAAUUCAAUCCGUUCUUAACAAGGUUCAACCCAAGUUAGUUUUGAA